ACACCGCGAGUCAUGUGAUGCCAAGAUGGCGGCGCCGCGGUAGCCUGCUCCAGGUUGUGGCGUCCAAGGAGCCGCGACGGUUUCUGCCCUCGGGCCGUGGGGGCGGCAGCGCUUGACUGGCCCCUGCGGCGGCCCGUAGUCCCGCGUUAGGCACCGGUUCAGGGCUGGGCUGUUGCUGUCGCGGUGGGUUCGGGUGUGCGAGUGACCUCGCUGCAGGUGUCCUGCGCCGGACGCCCUCGCCAGAGGAGGAGGAGGAGGAGGGUAACCCGCCUACCCGGUCUUCUGGACCUGCGGAGUUCAUGAGGCCCCUCGGGGCUCUGGAAGAGUUAGCUGUAUCUCUGACGGGAUUGUGGGAGUUCGAGCCUUCGAGUGUGCGAGAGACAGCCUAGUACCCCUGAGGGCGCAAAGAAGACCGCAAGGACUUUGCUUCCUCUUCCAGAGGCAUGGCUUCCCUGCAUUGAUUACCCCGCAUUCUUUCUCACUUCUUCUCAAUGUUCUCUCCAUACAUCUGGAAAUAUGAUCAGCGCCCCUGACGUGGUGGCCUUCACCAAAGAGGAGGAGUACGAGGAGGAGCCUUACAAUGAGCCCGCCUUGCCCGAGGAGUACUCGGUGCCACUCUUCCCCUUCGCCAGCCAAGGAGCCAACCCGUGGUCCAAACUGUCCGGGGCCAAGUUCUCUCGGGACUUCAUCCUUAUUUCCGAGUUCUCCGAGCAGGUGGGACCCCAACCCUUGCUGACCAUCCCCAAUGACACCAAAGUUUUUGGUACUUUUGAUCUCAAUUACUUCUCCUUGCGGAUCAUGUCUGUGGAUUACCAGGCCUCCUUUGUGGGCCAUCCCCCGGGUUCCGCCUACCCCAAGCUGAACUUUGUGGAGGACUCCAAGGUGGUGCUGGGAGACUCCAAGGAGGGAGCCUUUGCGUACGUGCACCACCUUACCCUGUACGACCUGGAGGCCCGGGGCUUUGUGAGGCCCUUUUGCAUGGCUUAUAUCUCAGCGGACCAGCACAAAAUCAUGCAGCAGUUUCAGGAGCUCUCCGCCGAGUUUUCCAAAGCUUCUGAGUGCUUGAAGACGGGCAACAGGAAGGCAUUUGCGGGAGAACUUGAAAAAAAGCUGAAAGACUUGGAUUACACCAGGACAGUGCUGCACACCGAAACGGAGAUCCAGAAGAAGGCCAACGACAAGGGCUUUUACUCAUCUCAGGCAAUUGAGAAAGCCAACGAGCUGGCCAGUGUGGAGAAGUCCAUAAUUGAACAUCAAGAUCUGCUGAAGCAGAUCCGCUCAUACCCUCAUCGGAAGUCGAAGGGGUCUGCCUUGUGUUCUGCGGAGACAGAGCACGCGCAGGAUCGGGCCGACCAGGUAGCCACUACCUCUAACCCUGAUGAGUCGGCUGACGCGGACCUUUACACCUGCAGACCUGCCUACACCCCCAAGCUCAUCAAAGCAAAGUCCACCAAGUGUUUUGACAAGAAGUUGAAGACCUUGGAAGAGCUCUGUGACACGGAGUAUUUCACCCAGACCCUGGCUCAGCUCAGCCACAUAGAGCACAUGUUCAGAGGAGACCUGUGCUACCUCCUGACCAGCCAGAUUGACAGAGCGCUUCUGAAACAACAGCACAUAACAAACUUCCUCUUUGAAGAUUUUGUGGAGGUGGACGACCGGAUGGUAGAGAAGCAAGAGAGCGCGCCCCCUAAGCCCAGUCCAGGCAGGCCGCCUUCCAGGUCUCUGGACGAGUGUCCGAUUCCUCAAGUGUUCAUUAGCGUGGGUUCUUACAAGUCCAGUGUGGAGUCUGUGCCGAUCAAGAUGGAGCAGGAACUUGGAGAUGAGGAGUACAAGGAAGUGGAGGUGACAGAAUUGAGCAGUUUUGACCCCCAGGAAAACUUGGACUGCCUGGAUAUGGAUAUGAAAGGGAGCAUCAGCAGUGGCGAAAGCAUCGAGGUUCUGGGCACGGAGAAGUCCACCUCUGUGCUGUCUAAGUCUGACAGCCAGGCCAGCCUCACGGUGCCAUUGAGCCCCCAGGUGGUCCGGAGCAAAGCAGUCAGCCACAGGACCAUCAGCGAGGACAGCAUCGAAGUCCUCAGCACCUGCCCCUCUGAGGCCCUCAUCCCUGAUGACUUUAAGGCCAGCUACCCAAGUGCCAUUAACGAAGAAGAGUCGUACGCAGAUGACAGCGAGGGAGCCAUCCACUUCCAGGCGAGCAUCAGCCCGCCAGAGCUGGGUGAGGCAGAGGAGGGCAGCUUAGAAAACACCCUGUCCCAAACGGACUCCUCCUGCUGCAUUGGGAAGGAGAGUGACAGUCUGCGGGUGCCCCUCUCCACCCCAGCCCACACACACUCUGACCCGGACGGAGUAGUGAGCAGCCCCCCGCAGCGCUACAGGCAGAAAGACCAGGGGUUCCAUGUGGACUUUGCGGGGGAAGACGCCAGCCCUUCCCGAGACAACAGUUCUGAAGGCUUCCCUGCUUUUGAGCUGGACCCGAGCCGCCUGCUGGCUAGCCGGGAUGUCAGUAAGACCAGCCUGGACAACUACUCGGACACUACCAGUAAUAUGAGCAGUAUAGCCUCCACCAGCUCAGACAGGACUCCCUCCUCUGCUCAUCCCACCGGGCCCUCUUCUGAGAGGCAUAAAAAGAGGGCUGGCCAGAACGCCUUAAAAUUCAUCCGUCAGUACCCCUUUGCCCAUCCAGCCAUCUACUCCCUGCUCAGCGGGAGGACCCUUGUGGCUGGGGAGGAUGAGGCCAUAGUGAGGAAGCUCGUGACGGCGCUGUCCAUCUUUGUCCCCAACCACAGCCGUCACGCCAAACCGGUGAAGCACUGGGUCUCCUCUCCUUUGCACAUCACAGAUUUUCAGAAGUGGAAGCUGAUCGGCCUGCAGAGAGUGACGUCCCCAGCUGGCGCCGGCACCCUCCACACCCUGAGCCGCUACAGCCGCUACACGAGCAUCCUGGACCUGGACAGCAAAACCCUGCGCUGCCCCCUCUACAGAGGCGCCCUGGUGCCCCGGCUGGCCGACCACCGCACUCACAUCAAGCGGGGCAGCACCUACUACCUGCACGUCCAGAGCGUGCUCACCCAGCUCUGCUCUAAGGCCUUCCUCUACACCUUCUGCCACCACCUGCACCUGCCUGCCCACGACAGGGAGACCGAGGAACUGCUGGCCAGCCGCCGGGCGAGCUUCCUGAAGCUGAACCUGGGUCUGGUGAACGAAGACAUGAAGGUGGUCCAGUACCUGGCUGAGCUGCUGAAGCUGCACUACGUGCAGGAGCCUCCCGGGACCGGCCACCCCACGCUCAGGUUCGACUACGUCCCCAGCUUUUUGUACAAAAUCUGAGGUCAGUCCCAGCCACUGUGACCAAGACCUGUGACUCAGGGUACGGGGAGGGGAGGGGUUGGCACGAGCAGGCGGCCCUCUGAGCCGUCUAGGCUGCUGGUGACCUGAGUGGGAAGGAAACCAAGGUGGCGGCGUUGGUUCCCACGUGGCUUCAGGCGGCUUGGGAGUCGGGACUCUGGCAGAGGCGGGCGCCUGGCUCUCCGAAGGCGUCAGUAAGGACGGUACUAGGUCUCUCGGCCCCCCUGGCGAGGAGGGGGCCGCUUGGCUCCCUGAGGACUGGUAGCCAGGCCAGAAGAGAGCCAGCGCCCUUUUGGCGGUGC